UGGUUUACAUAUCUGGUCUGUGGAGAAUCUUCACUUAGUUCCAGUCCCUAAAUCCUCACAUGGGAAAUUUUUUUCUGGAAGUGCUUAUCUAGUAUUGCAUACAGUCUUGCUUAAAUGUGGCACUUCUCAGCAUGAUGUACACUAUUGGCUUGGAAAUAAUGCUAAUCAGGUAGAUUCAACGCUGGUAUCAGACAAAGCUCUUGAACUGGAUGCAGCUCUGGGGUCCCAUACUGUGCAAUAUCGUGAAGUUCAAGGACAAGAAACACAGAAGUUUUUGUCAUACUUUAAACCAUGUAUUAUCCCAGUGGAAGGUGUCUUCUCUUUGGGCCCAGGAGAUGCAGACAGUGAUACUUACCUGAUCACCCUAUUGACAUGCAAGGGAGACCGCGUUGUUCAUGUUAAAGAAGUACCCUUUAGUAGAACAUCCCUAAACCACAAUGAUGUAUUCAUACUCGACACAGCCUCCAAGAUUUUUAUUUUCUGUGGGUGUAACUCAAGUAUUCAAGAAAGAGCCAAGGGCCUGGAAGUUGUUCAAUAUGUUAGAGAGAACAAGCAUAAUGGAAACUGUGAUAUUGCUAUUAUAGAUGAUGGAAAAUUUUCUGGUGACCCUGAUGUUGGGGAGUUCUGGAGUUUAUUUGGUGGUUAUGCUCCCAUUCCACGAGAUAUAACGUCGAAUAUGCAGGAAAUACCUGAAACUUCAAGUAUGAAAAUAUUCUGGAUAACUACUCAGGGGAAAGUAUGCCAGGGUGAAACUGGUGUGGUAAGCAAAGAGACACUAGAACCUAACAAGUGCUAUAUGUUGGAUUGUGAUGCUGAGCUGUUUGUUUGGAUGGGAAGAAAUACAUCAGUCACAGAACGAAAGAUUUCAAUCUCAGCUGUUGAAGGUUUCCUCAGAUCUGAGGGCAGAUCAAGCAGUACCCAUUUAACUUUCAUAACUGAGGGAUCAGAAACUGCUUCCUUUAAGUCAUACUUUAGCAAUUGGCCGCUAUUUGUAGAGCCAAAGCUUUAUGAAGAAGGUCGAGAGAAAGUAGCAGCAAUAUUCAAGCAGCAUGGUUAUGAUGUCAAGGAACUCCCUGACGAUGCUGAAGAUGACCACUCAUUUAUGGAUUUCAGCGGUGUAGUGAAGGUUUGGGGGAUAGAUGGUGAUAAUAGAAAGGUUAUUCCUGUUGCUGAACAGACAAAUCUAUACAGUGGGGAAUGCUAUGUGAUCCAGUAUACAUAUCUUAAUAAUGAGUGGGAGGAGAACCUCUUCUAUUCUUGGCUCGGUCGUGAAAGUGUUAUGGUAAGUCUUAAUGAGGAAUUGUAAUCUAUCACCUUCAUCUCCAAUUCCCCCUCGACGUGGGUCUAAA